CUUCCAAUUCCAUCUUAAAAAAGAAAGGAAAACGAAAAUAUGGGUGUUCAGAAUACCGACCCGCUUACCCAGCUUAGCCUACCACCGGGUUUCCGUUUUUACCCGACUGACGAAGAACUUCUAGUUCAAUACUUAUGUCGAAAAGUUGCGGGUCAACAAUUCUCUCUUCAAAUCAUAGGAGAAAUUGACCUUUACAAAUAUGAUCCAUGGGUUUUACCCAGUAAGGCGACGUUCGGAGAGAAAGAAUGGUACUUUUUUAGCCCGAGGGAUCGUAAAUACCCAAACGGGUCCCGACCCAAUAGAGUUGCGGGUACUGGGUACUGGAAGGCCACUGGAACUGAUAAGGUGAUUACAACUGAAGGAAGAAGAGUUGGGAUUAAGAAAGCUUUGGUUUUUUACGUUGGAAAAGCUCCAAAAGGAACAAAAACUAAUUGGAUUAUGCAUGAAUAUAGACUUUCCGAACCUUCAAGAAAAACCGGCAGCACCAAGUUGGAUGAAUGGGUUUUAUGUCGGAUUUAUAAGAAAAAUUCAAGUGCUGACAAACCCAUUGCCGGAAUUGUAAACAAAGAACAGAGCCACGCCGGUUCAUCGUCUUCAUCCUCUUCCCAUUUCGACGACGUUUUAGAUUCCUUGCCGGAGAUCAACAACGGUUUAUUCAAUCAACCAAGAAUGAAUUAUUUGAAAACAUUUCAACAACAAGAUGAUAAGCAAAACAUUCAGACCUUAACUUCUACAAAUUUUGACUGGGCAAGCCUUGUCGGAGUAGGACCCGUCCCCGAUCUAACCGGUAUCGGGCAGCCGACUCAGGGUCAUAUGAUAAAUACCAACAAUGUGUUUAAUGAAAUGUGUGUUCCUUCUAUUUCACCAAUGGAUGAAGAAGUACAGAGUGAGAUCCGAACCCGGAGAACCAAUUACCUUCAUCAGCAGAAUCCACCAAACUAUUUCUUUAACGGGUCGGUUAACUUGGAAUACCCGGGUCAAAUGGGUAAGUUCGAUUUCAGACCAUGAUGCCUGAUGGAUGGGUAAAUAUAGAGAUGACAUUCUUUGAAGCAUAGAUAACAUACCAAGAAAGAGAGAACAGAGGAUGAUAAUAUGUAGAAGAUGCAGAGAUUAGACAUUUAGUUGGGCAGAUUUAGGUUUGGGACUUUGUACCAUACUUAUAAUUAUGAUCAACUUAUUUUACAUUCAUUAAAUAAUAACAUUAAAUUCCUUGUUUUUCAA